UUCUGAAGGCUCCCGGUGAUCUCCGAGUGCCGCAAGCGCAGCGCUGAACCGGGAGGUUGUCGAUAAAAAGGAGCUCCCGCCGGUGUCCGGUGCUAUCGUCACGAUGCUGCUGAAGACUGCGGCGGCGCUGUGUCUCUUGGCGGGAGUCCUCGCCGAGAAGGCUCGCUACGACAACUACAGGGUGUUCCGGCUCACACCGGCCACCCAGUCGCAGGUGGAGGCGCUCAGAGCCCUCGAGGAGAACCCAGAUGGGCUUUCCUUCUGGACGGACGUGCGAGCCGCCAACCUCUCCGUGGAUGUGAUGGUUCCUCCGCACAAGAUCUCCGAGUUCUCGGAGAUCAUGGACGAGCUGCGGAUGGAGAGCAGUUUGUUCAUUUCUGACGUUCAGAAACUAGUCGAUGCUGAGAAGCCAGAUGGAUACGCUCGAGCUACAGGGUUUGGUUGGGACAACUACUACCGUCUUGCAAAUAUCCACGACUGGCUGAGGUCGCUGGUGGCAGCCUACCCUGAGCAGGUGUCCCUGGUCAACGUGGGGAAGUCGUACGAGGGCCGCGACCUGCUAGGAGUGAAGGUGUCGUACCAGUCCAACAACCCCGCGGUGGUCGUCGAGGCAGGAAUCCACGCCAGAGAGUGGAUCUCGCCUGCCACCGUCACCUACAUCCUCAACCAACUGCUGACCAGCACCAACACCACCGUGAGGAGUGUCGCCCAGAACUACGACUGGUACUUCUUCCCCACCACCAACCCCGACGGCUACGAGUACACUCACACCACAAACCGCAUGUGGCGCAAGACCAGGAGUCGUGGACGUCUUCUGUGCCACGGGGUGGACCCCAACAGGAACUGGGGCUUCCACUGGAUGGAUGGCGGCGCCAGCGCCAACCCUUGCUCCGAGACGUACGCCGGGCCCUCGGCCUUCUCGGAGCCGGAGACCAGGCUGCUGGCGGACUACGUGAAGACCAUCCCCCGGGCCAAGGUGUACCUGUCCGUGCACAGCUACAGCCAGGUGCUGCUCGUCCCGUACGGCAUUCUGAACUUGAAGCCGGACAACUUUGACUCGCUGAUGGACAUCGGUCGAAAAGCCGUCGCCUCCCUGGCAUCGAAACACGGCACCAAGUACGAAGUUGGCAACACUGUCGACCUCAUGUACGUGUCGAGCGGCGCCAGCGAGGACUGGGCCCGAGGCACGGCCGAGAUACCCAUCGCCUACUGCUACGAGCUGAGGGACCUCGGCGCCUUCGGUUUCCUGCUGCCGGCCACACAGAUAGUGCCCUCUGGCGAGGAGACCCUGGACUCCUUCAUCACGCUCGUCACCGAGGCCAGGAAGACCUUCUAGAGCCUCUGCACCUUCUAGAGCCUCUGCACCUUCUGGAGACCUUCUAGACAUCAUAGACUCUCUCUACCUUCUAGAGCCUCUGCACCUUUUGGAGACCUUCUAGACACCCUAGACUCUCUACACCUUCUAGAGCCUCUGCACCUUCUGGAGACCUUCUAGACAUCAUAGACUCUCUACACCUUCUAGAGCCUCUGCACCUUCUGGAGACCUUCUAGACAUCAUAGACUCUCUCUACCUUCUAGAGCCUCUGCACCUUCUGGAGACCUUCUAGACAUCCUAGACUCUCUACACCUACUAGAGCCUCUGCACCUUCUGGAGACCUUCUAGACAUCCUAGACUCUCUACACCCUCUAGAGCCUCUGCACCUUCUGGAGACCUUCUAGACAUCCUAGACUCUCUACACCUUCUAGAGCCUCUGCACCUUCUGGAGACCUUCUAGACAUCCUAGACUCUCUACACCUACUAGAGCCUCUGCACCUUCUGGAGACCUCCUAGACAUCCUAGACUUUCUACGCCUUAUAGAGCCUCUGCACCUUCUGGAGACCUUCUAGACAUCAUAGACUCUCUCUACCUUCUAGAUCCUCUGCACCUUCUGGAGACCUUCUAGACACCCUAGACUCUCUCUCUACCUUCUAGAGCCUCUGCAUCUUCUGGAGACCUUCUAGACAUCCUAGACUCUCUACACCUUCUAGAGCCUCUGCACCUUCUGGAGACCUUCUAGACAUCCUAGACUCUCUACACCUUCUAGAGCCUCUGCACCUUCUGGAGACCUUCUAGACAUCCUAGACUCUCUACACCUACUAGAGCCUCUGCACCUUCUGGAUACCUCCUAGACAUCCUAGACUUUCUACGCCUUAUAGAGCCUCUGCACCUUCUGGAGACCUUCUAGACAUCAUAGACUCUCUCUACCUUCUAGAUCCUCUGCACCUUCUGGAGACCUUCUAGACACCCUAGACUCUCUCUCUACCUUCUAGAGCCUCUGCAUCUUCUGGAGACCUUCUAGACAUCCUAGACUUUCUAUACCUUCUAGAGCCUCUGCACCUUCUGCUCGUUCUAGACAUCCUAGACUCUCUAAACCUUCUAGAGAGCUUCAAGUCGGCCGGCCAUGAUUUACCAACAUCACAAAUGAAAACACCACCAGUUGUCGACAAUCCUACACGUAUUUUUUUCUGAAUGACUUUUUACAAAUAAUAGCAAAAUUUAAUCAUAUUGAUGAAUAAAAUGUAUAAUAAUAACAAUUUUAAUCUUGCUGCUGUUGAAUCCAAGCCCAUAAACAGUAUUUCCUUCUUCCUGAAUUUAAUCACAUUCCUUGCUAUCAUAAUAUUCUCAUUUUAAAUUUUUCAUUUCCCAAUAAUUUUUAUAACCAGUAAAUAUUUUUUUCCCUUUUUCCUUUCUCCUGUCUUAAAAAAAAAAACUUUUCUUAGUUCUUGUAAGUUAUUUUACGUUUUAUAGUCUACACCGUGUCCCAAAUAUACCUAUCCACUCUUUUCAUAUUUUUCUCCUCCACUUCCCCUUCUUCUCUCCUGUGUACUCUCUUCGGUUUCUCUAACGCCGCUGUGUGUGAAUCCCACAAUGCUGCAGCAUAGUCCAACAUGAGCUGCACCAGUUAUAUUAUAAUUAUUUAUGUUAUAUGAACAAAUAAAUUAUUGUGUAUUCUCAAA